ACUGCAACACUGCCUGCUCUGCUGGCCAAAGACCAAACAAAAACAAAAACAAUAAGUCAGUGAAAACAAAUAGGCUUCCGAGCCGAGCGAGGCGAAGGACUUGGUGCAUUCCUGUCGCUGUAUGCGUGUGUAUACGCGUUCGCUGUGAUUUCGAGUCAACAAACUGAUGCAUUGGAACAUUUUGCCGUCACUGGAUACGAUUCUCGGUGCGGCCGAGUGCUGGGAGUCGCAGUGCUGGCGUUUCAUCGAGUAAUAUGGGAUAGGUCGAACCCACUUGUUGCAUGGCAGAACCUAUUUUAUCAUAGAGGAAUGUCGUAUGCCCUUAUGGCCUUUUGCCACUCUGUGGAGGGGGGCUUGAUCUCAUCGCAAUGGCAAGUCCUCAAGGUGGUGUAGGGCCUGUGCAGCCUGUACAGCCGGUGCCACACAAUCCUAUGCCCCAAUUUCAAGAUGCGGAUCACUACCGCAGUCCAUUGAGCCCUCUCUGCAUCACAGAAGGAAGCCAUGAUAUUGUUCGUCCAAAACCUCGGAGACCAGGUAAUGGAAGCCGUGAGGGUCUUUGCACUCCGGGCUACAGUCCCUACCCACACAGUCCCAAGGCUCUUGUGUCUCCACCGCUUCCAACAUCAAGCAUGCCUUGCAAUACGUCAAGUAAGGAGCAUUUAUUGGAAGACAUACCUGCUAAAGAUCGCAGUCCCAUCAGCAUGACCAGCAAUGGUGUCGGCCGGCCAAGUCCCAGUAGUGGCAGUGGCAGCGGACCCAACACUGGCAGUCCCAGCCCGCCGGUACUCCUCCGCGGUCCCACUCCUGCCAACCCCAUCGUUUCCAAGUCUGUCAUCAGUAUAGCAAGUCCCCUCACAGGACAUCAGUCUCAGCAGAUGCAAUCACCAACGUCACCUCAGCAACCUGCACCAUUACAUCAAACGCAACAACCCAUCAGUCCUACAAAUGAUGGGGCAGUUUACCGUGAGCAGAGGGACAGAGACUGGGAGCGGGACCGGGAGACGCGUUCAACACCAAUGGUCCCUGAAAGAGAUACAAAUGGCACUCGCGUAAGCUCUGACAGCAAGGUCCAGCGUCAAAUUCAGAAACCGGAGAGACCAUUAUCAGCUAUCAGUAAAUUGAGUAAUAAGUCUGCUUCAACAAACCACAUGGGUACUGUGCAUAGCAACCAUAGUGGUCACAGCAACAAUAGCACGCCCAUUAAUCUCGGCGCCACCUCGCCUGGACCGACACUGAGACAGGGCCAUACCGGCCAAACCGCUCAUACCAAUCAAAUGACAUCUCCCAGUCACAGUGGACAUUCGGGGCAUGCUUCUCGCCACAUGGUCCCUGUGAGUGCACCCACUGGAACAGCAAGUAAUUCAAGCACAGCAGCACGAAAUUUGCUUGCCAAUUUUCCUCACCACCACUUAAGUGUGGAGGAGCUGCGCCAUCUUCAGCGACGUCAGGAGUGUGCUGGAAGUUCAUCAGAUGAAAAUCGAUCUUCUGGUCAUGCAUCCAUGUCUGAUGGACAUACUAGUUCAUCCCCACCUGCUGAUCGAGUUGAUCGCCACCAUCAUUACCGAUCCCAUUUAAAUUCAGUUCCUGAAGAUGAGCGGUUGUCUGCAAGUGUCAUGCCCAAUCAGAGUCGUUCAAAUCGUAAAACAGUUCAAAAUCGAAGUCGGCACAGAGGAACACCUGUUAAACUGGUACCAUGUGGUUCAGGACUUGAGGACAUAAAGCUUGCCAUACAACAACUGACCAUGCGAUCCCACACUUCAAACUCAACAUCAACAUACUCAAGUCUCAGUGGGUCUGAGAGUAGUGAACCUGCUGUCAGGCGAUUGAUGCGCCAUUCUUCUCUUGAAACAAUCAACACCAAUGUUACAAGUGCUGAUGAAUUUGUGUGGGUGGAUUCUCACAACAGAUUGGUGGAACUGCAGCAUUUGCCAUGGUCAACUCAUGAUAUUUUAAAAGUAAUCCAAAAUGGUAGAGUGAAAGAAAAUAUGGAGCGGGUCUCGAUGGAGACAAUACCUCGUUUAUCUUACCUACUGCAAAGAGCCCUUGUGAGAAUUGCUCGUGAAGCGCAAAGACUGUCACGACCUCUUCACAUGUGCAGCAAGCAUGAAGUUGCAAGUGCUCUUAAAAUUGUUUUAUGCCCUGCUCUAGCAGAUUCCUGCAUAAAAUCCUGCCUGCGAUCAGCUGCAAUGUUUGCUGUGUCAGGUGACCAGCUUAAACAAAGUAAAUCCAGUAGAGCAGGUUUGCAGCUGUCUGUUGGAAGGUUUCAUAGAUGGAUGGCUGAUGUUCGUCUAGGCAAAUUCGUUCACGAGUAUGCUGCUGUUUAUUUAGCUGCUGGGCUGGAAAACUUGGUUGAAGAGAUGGUGCUUCAGUGCCUUCCGGCCAAAGUAGAUGCCUUGCUGACUGCUGCUAUGUUUGAACAUGCCAUAGCUAAUAACGGCGACUUAUGGGGUCUUUUGCAACCCUAUGCUCAUUUAAAUGCGGGUAGAAUAGCAUCUGGGGCGCUUUCCCUUCCCCGGUGGGCUAGUAUCAGUAGCUUAAAUACAGAGUCCACUCAGUCCUCUUCUACAACCACUAUGUUGGGGACGUCCACACCUGGUACUCCAGCAACUACCCCAGGGAAUACUCCAAGCGCCAUCAGCUUAGGCAAAUCAACGGAGCAGUCGUUGCUCACCACCUGUGUUGGGUCUGUGCACGAACUCACUGACUUGUUAGCAAGGAUCGCUGCCCUCCCUACCCAGCCUAUCGGUCGGCCACUAGCCUGGACCCAUCAGGCAGUGCAGUCCUUGUUCUACUUCAUGAGGUGUUCACAGCUUGAGCAUGCGGAGCAACAAGCCCCUGUUCAGGAGCUGAUGUACGAAAGAGCAUAUGUCGUUCUGCCUCCUUUGGUUGAGUGGCUAAGAAUUGCUGGUGCACACGCUGACCAUCGCCAUGCCUCUCACAUUGAUCAAGAUGAUGUGAUGCAGGCAGCGCGGCUUUUGCUUCCCGGCGUGGAUUGCCCCAUAAAGCAAAUUGGUUGGGAGGAAACAGUUGCUUACCCAAAGAGACCAGGUGAUGAUUCAGACACAGCAAGACGCUUGAAGUUGGAUUUAGCUUUCCGUAUGCUAAGCACAGGGUCCCGUGAUAUGGUACCACAUGCCUUGCAACUUCUGCCAAAUUCUAAGCUCAACUGUGUCAAUGAGAGGGGUCUCACAGCCUUGAUGUUGGCUUGUAUUCGAAGUGAUGAAGGCACAGUGCGACUCCUGUUAGAGGCUGGGGCUGAUCCAGAUACAGAAACACCUCCACAGGGUGCAUCUGGCUGCCCAGCAGUGAAUGGUGAAACUCAGCAUUGGACCGCUCUGACAUACACUGCUUUGCAAGGCAAUGUUGCGAUUGCUCGACUUCUAUUGGAUCGAGGGGCUCAUGUGGAAGGAGGCGCCCGAUUAAGUGAAGAGAAGUGCACAGAAACACCUCUGCAGGUUGCAGCAGCAGCUGGCAUGUCAGAGAUGGUGCAGUUGCUUCUGGCCCGUGGCGCUCAUACGUUCCUUUCAACUUUGAUCAAAGAUUCACUGUGUUACUCUGGGGCUGCUCAAAGAGGCUGUUACAGUGCUAUAUCUGUUGCUGCUGCUCAUGGACAGCGAUCAAUUUUACAUCAACUUCUCACACAUCCCUUAAGUCAUUAUAACAAGGAGGUCCUCUCUCUUGAAGAGAUUUUAGCUGAGGGUGUUUCUCAGCUGACCAGUGAUCGUCGAGGUGCUCGUUUGCAGGGUGGCGACGGGCAUGGAGAGAACAAUCAACCGGUGAAACUCAGUAAAACUCAAAUAAAGGUCUUGCAAGAAGCCAUGUACCAUUCCACUGAAAACAAUCAUCUUGAUAUGACUUUGGAUAUGCGCAAUCUUGGUGUGUCGUGGACUUUGCAUUGUUGGAUGCACACAUUGGCUCUCGCGGAUGAUCUUCGUUUAGAGCAUAUGAUUGAUCAGCUUCUUCAAGACUUCCUUCAAGUGUGGCCAGAUGAUUGUUCCACUCAAUUUGUAGAUGAAUGCCUUCCGUUGCUCUUUAGUAUCUUCCGCUACAGCAAGAAUGAAGGUACCACGCUCUUGUUGGCGGAUAUAUUUUGUACUUGCUUUGGUUGGGAACCAAUCAAACCAGUGCGGGAUACUACAUUAAAUGGAGGCACUCGUAUUGACCCAAAGUUUGUGAAUAACCCAGAAUUGUCUGAUGUGCAAUUUCUUGUUGAGGGACGAGUAUUCUAUGCACACAAAAUUGUUUUGGUUACCUCUUCACCUCGAUUUCGAGGUAUGCUGAGCUCAAGGCUUUGCGAGGGAAAUCCUCCGGUAGUUCAAAUAAACGACAUCCGAUACCACAUAUUCCAGCUUGUUAUGCAGUUUUUGUACAACGGUGGAUGUGAAAACUUGCAAGUCGACAGUAGUGAUGUAUUAGAGCUAAUGGCAGCAGCCAAUUUCUUCCAAUUAGAUGGAUUACUCCAGUACUGUGAAGUUCAAUGCUCGACGAUGAUAGAUUUGGACAAUAUUGUUUCCAUGUACAUACAUGCAAAGGUCUACAGUGCAGCACAGCUAAUGGAGUACUGCCAAGGAUUUUUGCUUCAAAAUAUGAUGGCUCUUCUUACAUAUGACGACUCAGUAAAGCGCCUGUUGUUUGGCAAAAAACUACAUAAUCAUGAUGUGCUGGCUGGCCUUCUACUCACAUUGCAAGCCCGAAUCAAAGCUCGCAACAAGCUCAAAUAGUUGAUAUUCAUGUGAAAACAUAGUUAGUUGUGGAUCUUUUCAAUAGUGGUUUUAAUUGGGUCCUCUAUUUUGACGUACAGAAAAUUAAUUUUGUAACUGAACAGUAUUACUCUUACUUGCUAUCAUUAGUUACUAUCAUUUUUGUUGAUUACCAUUUGUGUUCAUCAUCAGUGAGCUGUCAAUUUGCCCAGUGGUGUGUUUAGACACAUCUUUUAUUUUUUUGCAUGAUAUUUUAUCUUUGUCAUUGCUUUACCUACAUUUGUCUAUGUCAUUGUGCUUCUUGAUUCUGAAGUGGCAAAGUAACAGUAUUCUGAUUUUGGUACACUCAAAUCCGAGAUGGUAUCUAGUACCUUUUCUGUUGUUAUUUCUUUUUAACCUUUGUUCUGCUCUCUUGGCUAGGUUCUAGGAACAAAUACAGAAAGUCGUGACCCCCCCCUUUUUUUAAAGUAUUUGUCAAAUUUGAAUAUAUUUGCUCAUCUGGACUUAAGUUGUAAAUGACAAGAACAUAAUUUAAUAACAAUAGUGUAAGUUGCAUAUAAUUUCUUAACAAUGGUUUUGAAUGUUAUUUUUUAGCUUUAUAGUUUACACAUCCUACUUAUUACUAUCUGACUUAUCAGUAAGGAUAUGGUCUGUGGGAAGGAAUAAAACUAUAAGUAAAGGAAAUUUAGUCAUCAAAUUAACUGCUACAUGUACCAGGUAGAGCAGAAACACUGUUGUUUUUUUGGGAAGCAUCAUGGAGUAUGCAGUUUCACAGUACAGUGGUCUUCUCUGCCCUUCAAGCCACAGUGUUUGGCUGGACUGCAUAUUUCUAAGGGCAAGGGAAAAUGACAAAGCUGUUUCUACCCUACCUGGUAUUUUUUAUUGUCUUAACCUUUCUUUUAAAAUAAACCUCACUAUCACUGUAAAGGAUUUUGUAAAUAUUCCAAAUCAUAUGACUGUCUGACUUUUAUGUUGUUUUUUAUGCUCAAUUUGUAUUCUGUGUAUUUAUGUUAUAACUAAUCAUGUCAUGAGGUUUGGAAGGUCUGUCAACAUGUAGUCAUGUGUCUUAGUUGAUGGUACUCUGUAGACUCCGAGUACAUUCGACAUCAGGGCUGUGAUAAUAAUCAAAAACAAUGAUCAAUUCCUUUGGCUUCUAUUUGUUUUGGAUGUAAAAUCUCAAUGGGUCUAUUUUGGAUCAAUACUUAUUCAUGAUGAAUGUGGAAUGUUGAAUGGAAACUUGGUAUGACUUUUGGUGUGCAAUUUGCUGGCGUUCAAUUUAUCAUUGCCAUGAUGUGCUCAGAAAAAAUUUCUUUUAAAUGCUGUUGAGUUUGUAUGUAGAGAUUUAUGAAGAAAUUUAUAAAUAUUUCUUUAAGGCUGCACAUGGUUUUAAUCAACUGAUGAAAAUGAUUUAUUGUAAAUACUUUGGACUUUAGCAAAUUAUGUUACAUAAUUAUGUGUAUGUGUUUGGUACACAAAACGACUGAUAAGGGCUUAAAUUUAGGAUGUUAAUUAAACCAUGUUUUUUUCUUGUGCCACAUAAUUUGUUUAAAUAUUUUCUCAUUGUAUUGAUGAUGUUAGCUGUUUGUUUUCUCCUAAUUUUCAUUUUAAUCUUACCUAGACCUCCUUGGUGAUCAGAUUGUCAACAGAUAAAUGUUGUUGUUUUUACUUUGCUCUCUGUUGUUUGCAUAAUGUGCCAUGUUCACUUCUUCAUAUUCCUUGUCCAGUGUUUCUAUUUCAUUUGCUUACUUUUGAUAGGUUUGCAUUCAGAUCAUAUAGUAUUAAGAAUGUAUUUAUGUUAUGUGAUCUUCUUAACACUUUGAUUCGGAACAUCAUUUUCAAGCAAUCUCAGUUUGUACCUAGAUUUAUUUUUUAUCCUUUAUUUUGUUAAUAAAAAAAUGUUGAAAUCCCUA